CACCGACGCCGACUUCAUUCCUCCAUCCCCACAACCAUGUCGCUCCGCCCCGGCCUGCUUGCGAGCACAUCACGCGCCGCUCUGGUGCUGGCGCGGCCUGCGCCGCGCGCGUUCUCGACCACCCCCCGCCGCGCUGAAAAGGAGGGCACGGUGCAGAACAUCGACAAGGAGAUGAAGAACCGCGAGCGGAUGCUGGCGUCGCUGCCCCGCGGCAUCGACAUAACAGCGCACUUUGAGUCGGUGAUUUUGGAACCAAUCGUCGACCCACCAACUUGGGUCAAGCCCGCAUGGCUGCUCAAACCUGUCGGCUUUUUUCAGUACGCCAAAGCCCGUUUCCAGCGCGACGUCGGCACAGCGCAGCAGGUGAACGCGCUCGUCAAGGACGGGCUGGUGCCGUGGGUCAAGACCGGCUGGUUUAGCGGCUCCGGCAAGGCGAUGGAGGGCAUCAUGCCCGAGUUCGUGCACCGCUACGAGGCGUUCAACCGCGCGCAAGCGUCGGCGGACGCGCGCGCGCUCCCCUCUCUCGCCUCAGGCCCUGCGCUCAAGCGCGCCCGCGACGUCGCGGCCAAGAUGCAGCGCGUGAACGCCGCAUGGGCUGUCGAGGCCGAGCACGCGCCCCCCAAGCUCCAGUGGGUGCGCUAUGUGCCGCUCAUGGGCGUGGACGGGCCGAAGCUCGCGCAGGCGUGCGUGACGUUUGACACAACGCAGGCCCUCACAACGGGACCUAAAGGCAAGCGCGAGACGAAGAGCCAGCGCGUGCGUGAGAAUGUUGUGUUUGAGCGCUCGAAUGCGCCCAACUCGCCAUGGAAGGUGAAGAACAUGCUCGAGACGACUUGGCCGCAGCUCUAGGAGGUGGGGUCGGGGGAGGAGGAGGAGAAGGAGGGAGUACCACUCAUUGCAUGGUGUUGGAACGCGGGAGGCGUGCCGCCUGCGAACCGAUGCAUCUUGGUUACAUUUGCGGGGGAUGUGGGUGGCAUCAAAGUCUGGUAGUGGUCGAAGACGAUAUUGACACACUGCCCGUGACGAGAGUGGAUUCCAGGAGUUUAGUUCGUUGAUAAAACAGAUUGAUAUUAGGAUG